CCAAGGUCUACGUGAUGUGGCCGUACUGCGUGACUGCCUGCACGCUCUUCUUCGUUGAAAACUACUGAAAGCUGGAACGAAAACUUUAUUUCCCAGCAAUCUUUGCAUAAACAAGCAUACAUUCAGUUAACGAAAACUACAGAUCCCGACGUGCAAUACUGGACCACAAUUCCCAGAGAGUGACAAGCGACGCCUGCGCAGCGUUUACAGGCGCUCGGGCCAUUUAAAUGUGUGUGAGGGAGAGUGCGAAAUGGCUGCGCAGGUCGCCGCAGUACGCGCCGUGGCCCGAGGCGCGGAAGAGACGCCUUCGCUGCCACUCGGUGACCGGCCUGGUCGACCGAGGGGAGGGGGGAGGAAGCGGAAAGGUUCUCUCGGGGAUGCCGGGAGCUGCAAGAGGGCCAAGUUGACCCAGCCCCCGCUUACGGUGAGGCCCUCUCAGGCAGAGCCGCUGCCGCCGGCCUCCGUUCCCGGCCUCCCAGCGACUCCUGCCGUGCCUUCCGCCCCCGCUGGGCUUUUCACUUUCUCUCCGCUUAGCCUGCCCGCGCAGGCCCUGCACUGCGAGCGGCGACAUCACCACCGACACCGGCACCGUCCGGACAGUGGGGACUCGGAGCCUGGCCGUUCCUCUGGGGAGAAGCCUCACAAGGGUAGGCGGGGAAGCUCCGGUGACGGGGCUCUUGGCCGGCCCAGCAAGCGAGAAACCCGAGAUGAAAAUGGCAAGACAGAAAGAUCUGACAGUCUUAUUGUAAAGAAAAUAAAGAAGAAGAAGAAAAAGAAACACAGAGAAGACAUGAGAGGGAGGCAUCUGAAAAUGUACAACAAAGAAGUACAGACAGUAUGUGCUGGUCUUACCCGUAUCAGCAAAGAGACUUUGACUCCAGGAGAGAGUGAUAAUUUGGAAGAGAACAAGGAAUCUUUUAGGUAUCUAAAAGACGAACAGCUGUGUCAGUUGAAUGUGGGGAUGCAGGAAUAUAGGAUACCCCAGGGGGUGCAGUCUCCAUUUACUACCCACCAGGAACAUUCUGUUCGCAACAGCUUCUUAAAAACAGGUACUAAAUUUAGUAAUUUUAUUCAUGAAGAACAUCAAUCAAAUGGAGGAGCUCUAGUUCUUCAUGCCUAUAUGGAUGAACUCUCAUUUUUGUCUCCAGUGGAGAUGGAGAGAUUUGCAGAAGAGUUUCUUGCUUUGACAUUCAGUGAAAACGAGAAAAAUGCAGCUUAUUAUGCUCUAGCGAUAGUUCAUGGGGCAGCUGCAUACUUGCCAGACUUCUUGGAUUACUUUGCUUUCAAUUUCCCUAGCACUCCAGUGAAAAUGGAAAUCCUUGGUAAAAAAGAUAUUGAAACAACCACCAUUUCAAACUUUCACACUCAGGUCAGUCGAACGUACUGCUGUGGAACUUACAGAGCAGGUCCAAUGAGGCAGAUCAGUCUUGUUGGAGCAGUAGAUGAAGAAGUUGGAGAUUAUUUCCCAGAAUUUCUUGAUAUGUUAGAAGAAUCUCCAUUUCUUAGAAUGACUUUGCCUUGGGGUACUCUUUCGAGUCUCAGACUUCAGUGUAGGUCACAAAGUGAUGAUGGGCCCAUUAUGUGGGUAAGACCUGGUGAACAGAUGAUCCCAACAGCUGAUAUGCCAAAGUCACCAUUCAAAAGGCGCAGAUCUAUGAAUGAAAUAAAAAAUCUCCAGUAUCUACCUCGGACCAGUGAACCCCGUGAAGUUCUUUUUGAAGACAGAACAAGAGCACAUGCUGAUCAUGUUGGGCAAGGGUUUGAUUGGCAGAGUACAGCUGCUGUUGGAGUUUUAAAAGCUGUACAGUUUGGUGAAUGGAGUGACCAGCCUCGUAUAACCAAAGAUGUUGUUUGUUUUCAUGCUGAAGAUUUCACUGAUGUAGUUCAAAGACUUCAAUUGGAUCUGCAUGAACCUCCAGUAUCACAGUGUGUUCAAUGGGUUGACGAAGCUAAGCUAAACCAAAUGAGACGAGAAGGGAUUCGCUAUGCCAGAAUCCAGCUAUGUGACAAUGACAUCUACUUCAUCCCUAGAAAUGUCAUUCAUCAGUUCAAGACAGUGUCAGCUGUCUGCAGUUUAGCUUGGCAUAUAAGGCUCAAACAAUACUAUCCUGGGGCAGAUGAUUCUCAGUGUAUGGAAAACAUUUCAAAUACGGACAUGGUGAAACUGGAAGGUGAAGACCAAUGUGUACUUAUGAAAAAAGAGUCUGAAGAAGAAAGAGAAGUACAGACUGCAACAAUAGCAUCACCAUCACUGUUUUCAUCCCUGUCGUGACUUGUUCUGCAACAAGAUUAGCUGGUUUGCCCCUUCCAGCUUUUAAAACUAGAAUCAGAUCAGCAACACAAUCCACAGAAGGAUCAUAUACUCUUUCUUGUCUGAUAUGUACAUAAUCAUACAUUUUUAAACAGCUUUUUAAAAUUUUGAUGUGAAGUUAUAGUUUUAUAACUGGGUUAUGUUUUAUUGGAGAAAACUUGCCUAUAAUUCUAUAAAGAAAGGUGACAUUCCAAAAUGUCAAGCGUAUCUUUUUUACACAGAUUAUGCAAAGUUAGAAUUGUAUUUUAUUCCCUUAGUACAGCAUGUAGUAGUGGACUACAACUUUUUGCAUUUCUUUUUUAAAAGGAUGAGGUAAUAAUUCAACAUCUCAAUAGUUUUUCCUUCAGGAAUAUCAAGUAUUUAACACUUGAUAAAUCUGAUAACUUUUCAUCUAUUUUAUCUUUAGCUUUCAGCAUAGAAGGGAUGGUUUCUGUGGCAGAUUCACAAGUGACUCUCCCUCCCAUUCAAUUAAUGGUUUGAAUGAAAGAGAAAGCACAGCACUUUUAAUGAUCAAUGACAUUUGUAUGUGUGAGAGAGUUUGAAAGCCUGGAGGAAGCUCAAGUUACCAGCAGUGUAGAUUAAUCCUUAAUUGCUUAAGAAGACAUUCAGUAAGAAGUUGAUGUAUGAGAUUAGUUGCAGAGUGUAUGAUCUUGUUGAAAUGAAAUUGCUGAUACAACUCUUUCGUGGUCCUCUGCUUUUAAUGUAUAUUGGAAUAUUUUUUUAAUAUCUUUCUGAACUGCAUAACUUAAUAUACUAGUGUCUAAUGAAAGUAACUGUUAGCAGUCUCUUUAAAGAAACUGCUAUCUUUGAGCACUUUAAGGCUUUACAAUAUUUAAACCAACUUGGUGGCUUGUUUAAUUCACAGUAGGCAUCUUAGAUGGAAACCAUCAACUUCUUCGCAUUGAGGCACUUAAUAUAAUAGGGCAGGCCUAUAUCUCCUUUAUUUUUUGAAAUUAUAUAUAACUGAUUCACAAUAAACUAUCACAUAAUCACAUAUGGAUUGCUACUUUUGCAAAUAAUUCUUGGAUUCCUUAAUGCUAUAUUGGAAGGUUAAACAGCACAUGUUAGUAUGUUGAGUAUAAUUGGCUGAUAUUAUUUAGCAUUCCUUGAUUAUUUCCCAGUAUUAAGUAGAUUCAGCUUUUCAUUAUAUACAGAACAAUGUUUAUUUUGGGUAGUAAAAUGAAAUAGGCCCCCUCAUAUGUAGCAUCUGAACUUUAUCACAAUUUAAUCAAAUUUAUUUGUAUUUUUAAAUCUGUUUUUAAUGUAGAAGACAGAAUGGGAGCACUACACCAAUGCAAGUCAAGAAAGCAGUUGUGGGAAAAAUGCAAAUAUUAGUAUGUUUGUAAUAGCAAUUACUUUGUGCAAUAUUGUUUUGUGUAGAUUAUUAGCACCUCGGUAUAGAGGACACAGUUUUAAACAAAUAGCAAAGUAAUCAGAAAACUUUACAAUAUUUAGAUAGAACUUGUAUUACUCCUGAUAUAUACAUGUUUAUGUAUUGACUUUAAUGCAGUCCUGAAGACAAGAAGUAAAAUUUUUAACAAAUUGAAUUUCCAUACUGAAGUGGUGGGAACUUUCUAAGUGAUCUGUGUAAAUAAGGUGUUAGGUUGAAACCUUUUAAAAAAGGUACCGAGUUCUUAUGUAGGAGUGUAGCUUUUAAUGAAAAAUUUUAGAUUGACCAAUACUGGUUCAGAACACCUCUGUGCACUCUGGCUUUUUUUUUUUUUAAUAGUUAUCCAGAAGAAUUUUCAAAAGCUUUAGCUGACUGUCCUAAGUAAAAUUCUUCAGAGACAACAUGGGCUUCAGUACUUCAUUUAUGUUUGACCAACUCCACAUUUUUGCAUUUUUCUUCCACUAAUUUUCCAAGUCUUCCAAACAUCAAUUUCCCACAGUUAAAGUUAUAUAAAUAACCAUAACAACAAAUACAACUCCAGAUUUGUCACUUGGAUAUUUCAAUUGUAUUGAGUUGCAAAGUUGCACUGUUUACUGUAUAAUCACUCAGGAGUUGGAUUUAAAAAAUAAUUGAAUGAAAAACUGUUUAUUAUUUCACGUAUACUGUUUUGAAAUAUACAUUAGAAAAUUGUUUCAAAUUCUACAAUCUAGUAAUGGACAUUAGAAAAAGACAUAGACUAAGAUGAAAAUAGUAGUUGGAAUCUAAACUUCCUCUUUAGAGCAGAAUGAGGUUUUCUAUUGGCAGAGGGAAUCAAGGUUCAGAGAAUGCAUUCAGCUAGAGCAGCGGUUCUCAAUGUUUGUGUGACGGCGACCCCAUGCGCAGCGCGCAUGCGCGACGCCUCCCCCUGAGGGGAGAAAAUGGCGGAUCGCCUUCUUUGGCGACCCCGGAAAAAUGGUUGAUCGACCCCAAAUGGGGUCGCGACCCAAAGGUUGAGAACCGCUGAGCUAGAGGAAAGAAGUUUCCCAACUCUCCAGAGCACUUCUUCAUUAGGGGAGGGGAAGAAAAGAAUUGGCAAAAAUUACCAAUACCCAUUUUUUUUUUUCAAGGUGAACUUCAUUGUGCACAGUUCUGGAUCCAGUUCAAUAACCUUAAAAGGAAUUUUUUGUGUAGUAUCACAUUACAGCAAUAGGCUUACAAGAGAAUCUUUUUUAUUUUAUUAAGAAAUAACCUUCUAAAGGUAUGUGAAGUGAACAUUCAUGACCUUUGCCAUUCAUGAAUGAUUAAGAAGAUUAAAUGAUUCUGAAACAGCAUCCCACAUUUUUCCAACUCAAGAGUUUUGUGUCAAAAUUUAACGGUAUUAUGUAUAAAUGCAUUCACCAACUUACAUUUCAACCAUCAAACAUCUUUUCUGUCACCUAUUUUGAUUUAACAAUACAUAUAAUCUUUACUGCAAUUACUUUGGCAACAUCUUUACAAUAGUUAAAAAGUAUGAAUUGUCACUAUUAUUGCAUUCCCUAGCAAAUACCAAAGAAGUCUUGUGCAUGAAUUUUGGUGUAUCUGCCAGGACUCUGCUUUUUUCUCUUUAUCCCUGUAGCCCACCUCAUACUGCUAGACUGUUUUUCCUAAAAACUCUUGAAAUUCAGAAUUUAAACUUUUUCAGGAGUAGAAGAAGACUAGUCAGAGUUUACCCAGAAAGCCUGAGUUCAUGCAUCUCACUCUGGCUCAGCGAUUAAGGAUUCUUAUUGUAGGAAGAGUUAAAAAAAGCUCUAUAAUUAAAGUACUAAUUUUAUCAUGUAUAUCCUAGAGUAAGAAAGACCAAUACAAAUACUUGAGUGAAAAAUAAUCAUAAUGGACCUGAAAAAGUGGCAUAAUCGUUUGUCUUAAUGACUUUGGGAACAUAAUAUUUGCUCUUGGAGUAGAAAAGAGAUGAAAAUGUCUCAGGAAGAUGUUGGGAAUGACUUGUGCUGAUGUGAUGAAUUCAAAAAAUGAUUAUCUUGCCAGCAUAAUUUAUACUUUAAUGCCUAGUUGCUUUGCAAAGAGAUUUCACUUAAAUCUGACAGGAAAUCUUAUUUUAUAGAUUGCGAAAUAUGUGGAUAUUAUAUAGUUACAAAAUCGAAGAGUAAAGGCAGAAAAAUCUUUAUGUUUGUUUUAUUAGAAGUAGUAGACAAUUUGGGAAGACAUUCAUUUCCAAUAUAUACAAUUGUUGAAUACUAGUUAAGCAUUCAUUAUAUUCUAUCUUGAAAAUGCCAUUAGCAGAUCCGUAAGAUCUUAUUUAAAGAUCCUGAGCAGCUCUAAGGUGAAAGCUGGGAAAUUUGUUUUGUUUACGAAAAAUCUAUUUCUUUUUCAAUACCAAUGAAAAAUAAUAUGUAUUCAAGAAAAGUUGUAUUGGGCUACUGAUUCAUUUUUAGCAAAUGAAAGCAAAAUUAACAUUUAGGUGAACUAGAUAUUUCACAUUCCCCCUCACAUAUUUCUGAAGUUAAGUAAUGUGUAAAUAAUUGACAUGUUCUCUUCCAUGAAGAUAGAACAUAUUGAGGUUUUAUGUGAAAUUAAGGAAUUCUUCCAUUACUGAUUUUACCAUAUAAAAGGGCUUGUUUUCCUAUUUUUGAGGAUAUAAUGUUUGUUCAGAGAGAAUAAAAUUUAUAGUCAGAGCCCCAAGAUGCAUAUAACUUGUUUUUUUUUUCCCUCUCAUGCUGCCAUUCAUAUGCUUGAAUUUAUUCUGGGUGGUGAAUUAUCUUGUGGCACAAUCCAACCAAAGUUAAGCACCUAUAAGUCCCAUUUAUUUUGAAUGGGAGAUAAGCAGGUGCUUAAUUCUCCAUUGAAAUCAGUGGAACUUUAAAUGUGUUUACUAUUGGUGGGAUAGCACUCUUAUUUCCUUAUAAAUGCUAUUUAUAGCCAUAUUGGUUGUGUUUGAAGGUUGCUAUGAAUAAGGAUAUUUAUCCUUCAGCUCCUAAAAUUUUUAUAAUGUGGAUAAACUAUAUGUUGGUCCAAUAAAGAGAUUUCCAAUAAUGUUAUGGCCUUCCAUUGAUAUACAUAAUAUUUUUAGGACCCAACAGCACAUGUAGUUGAUAAGGGGCUUCUCUUAAUCUAGCACUUUCAAUUCUGUCUAAGCAAAUACUUAUCUUUACAUGUUGUAUAAAAUAGAUUUGUGUGUUUUGUGAUUAAAUUCAAUUUUGAUUGGCAGCUAAGAUAUUUUUCUGUGGUUUUAAUAAUCUAAGGUCUUUGCAUAUAAAGGAUAUGUACAAUUGCUUGGAAGACUGUUUUUGUUUCUUGUUUUUUGCUUUGUGUGGCCUUAGUAUAUUUAUUGACAUUUUAGCAAGUGUUUUAAAGAAGUUUUUAUAAUAGUGUAAACUGAUGGGAAAAUUUUAAGACUCUCUGUGAAUAAUCCUUUGACACAGUGCAUUUCUUUUGGUAGGUGACUGUACAAGCGUAUCACUGUCAAAGCUAUUUGUUUUUUAAAAAAGUACAAUGGAAUGCAUAGAAUUUUUCCCCCUGUAAAGUAUUUUUUUAAUAAACAGAAGUCUGAUUUGUGCUUAA